UUUGCCAGGUACAGGAAAGCAAAAAGCUUCCUCAUGCAGCAGCACUUGUUUUCAAAGAGAGCGAGGUGAGCACAAUUUCUUAACAGUUGCUCCACAGGUGUCACAAUGCUUAAGAGCCAGAAGAGCACAGGUGGGAAUACAGUAUUCUACAAACCAGUAGGAAUUACGACAGGGAUAAGAUCUGGAUACCUGUUCAAGUCUCCUCCCCCAAAACGGAUGAAGACAGAGAAAUCAUGGAAGAAGCGGUACUUUGUGCUGUUCAAAGUCAGCGAACAGGAUCAUCAACUGAAGUACUUCACUGGUCCAGAUGAAAUGGACAAGCCGCUCGGAGGGAUAGACUUAUCAAACAUCUCACUGUUGAUUGUGAGCCCUCAACAACACCAGAAAUGGGGGUGGAUCCAGAAGAUAUUUAAGUGCUCCCCAUCUUGUGUGCUCUACAUCAGGUCUUCUGACAGGGACUACUUUCUCAUUGGGGAGAACAGUGAAGAAGUGGAUGGCUGGUUCAAUGACCUGUAUGUUGCCCUGGAAAAACGACCCCAUAAAGUCAUGACUUCAGAGGAAAUGUCUAAUGGGCAGCCAUCUAUUGAGGUUAUUUCAAAACCCCUUGUGCGGAAAAAGCAAACUGCCACUGUGGCCAAAAAGCAAGAGCCGAAAAUGCGGUCCAUGUCUGAUCCGUCUUCAAAUAGUUUGGAUACUAACAUCAAAACCCAAAAGGGUGAAGAUUUUUCCAAAAGACGUGCAUCAGAGCCUCCAAUCUAUGACUAUCCGAGACCUUUCAACAGACAAUUGCAAGUUGAGGGAAAUGUUUCAGCCCGCCGCAAAAGCUUCGAUGCAAUAUAUGAAACAAUGAUGGAAAUUAAACUGACUCAGGCAGCGGACCGUGAAGUUGAAGAGGCCACCACUGGCUCCCUGAUGAAGUCUGUCACUCAGGCCUUUGACAAGAUGAAGACACAGAUCUCGCCACUCCCUCCGUUCGAUGAGGAAUCAACCUCUGAAGACAGAGAAGAAACACAUCUGACUUCAGACUUCAGCAGCAGUUCCAGUGACAACGGUGCCAUCUCUCCUGUAGACAUGCUGGACAGACCACAUGUGCUGGAUAAACAAAGCUCUACUGAAAGCCUUGACACCAUCACCCCAGAAGAGAGAGACAUUGAGGUCAAGCAGGCAGAUUUAAAAAAGCACCUGAGAUUAACAGAAGUGGAUGGGAAACCGAGUGUGUCAGGGUGGACUGGCCAGCCACAGUCCGUGUGCCUGUUUCACAAAGGAGACCAGAUUCUGGCAAUUAAUGACUUGCAUGUCAGCAGUGUGGAGGAGUAUAACAUGUAUCUCAGCAAGAGUCUAAAGAAUGAGGUGAAAGUCACCAUCCUGCGUCAGUCCGGAUGCCAGCCUCUGCAUUCGUCGAACUGCCUCUGCAGUGACUUUUCUCCAAACUGACCAUCAGAUGACACUUCCACUGCAUGUCUGGGUGCGCUCAAAUGGCACCUCCUCUCAGUGGAUGGUGGGUUUGUAAUCAUGUAGUGACCACUUUUAGACAACUGACAGUAUUUUUCCAAAGCUGUGGGUAGUUCCUUUUUGAUCUGUCAUUCUACUGCUUAAAAAUGAUUAAAACUAAUCAUGCAUACAAUGACUUAGAUUAAAUGUAAAAAGAUCAAAUGUAUUUUAAUUCCCAAGUGCUCUUUGGGCAAACAACGGCUUGCAGGUUCAACAGUUCAUCAGUGCAUUGUGUAUGAGAUUUACUGUAGAUGUUUGUUCUCGAAAGUUGUCUCAAGAGGGAAACAAAAGACAUUUUGCUGCAUCAUAUUUCCUCAUGCCACCUGUACGACGAUACAAUUAAAGUGUGCAAGGCAUGCCAUGAAAAAAAUGAUGACAUAUGCACAAGGUUACUGUAUAUAGAAUUACUACUGAAUAAAUGUAUUUUUAGACUAAACUAAUCAAUAUUGUUGUACACUUUAAAUGCAGAUAAAGUACAGAAGAACUUACAGCAAAGCAUUCUGUUGGAGUUGCAUGUUUUUCUGGCGACUGAAUCAUUAAUGUGACUUCUGUAGGAACAGAAGUGUAACAGAAGUAAUAAUCAACUUUGAUCCGAGAUAACACAAAGCAAUAGUGUUUGUAAGUAGUUUAAAGAGCAUGAAGAUGAUGUUGGGCAUAAGGCAAGACACUCAUAUUUAUCUGCAUUUAUGAUCCCAAAGAAGUAAUUAUAUUUUGAAAAGAUAUCCACUCUCGACUGCAUGACUAAUGUGAACUGUCACCACCCAGCAAUGCUGAUUUAUUUCCAGUUCGCUCAGUAUGCAGCGCCUAUGAUGACAUUUCUUUGGAAGCCCCGUCUGUCUAAUGACGCCUUUUUCAAAAGACAAAGAAGAAGGCUGUACCGGAUGCCAACGCAUCUUUGUUGCAAACAUGCUGUUUGCUGCUGGUUACAAAAGACAAAACGCUCACAUGCAUCCAAAUUUAAACUUUCUUUCUCUUAUCUGUCUCGAGAAUGCUUUGACAGUAAUUAUGAGAGGAUGAAUAACAAAAACAUUUUAGGUUGAGACAAGUAUUUCAUGUGGUCCACACCUCAGGGAGAGUCUGGUGAAUUAAUAUGCCGACAGAAUGGUGUUGCACCUCAGGCUACAUUUCACCCAUUUCUCUCCGAUGCACAAAUUGUGAUUUAAUAUAAAUUGGGAAGAUGGUUUUAUUCCUUUUAAAAUUAUGUCUGGUGACCAAGGCCAUGCUGGACAAAAACAACAUCAAGUAAAGUAGUGAUUUGACAAGGUGUGUGUUGUAUGUUUUAAUCAUGUCCACAGAGGGCAACGACAAAUCUUGUCUGUAAACUUCUAAACAUCAAGUUUAAGUUUUCUCAUCAUCUUGUACAAGCCUUUCCAAGGUUAAAGUUUUAAUGGAGCUGUUAAACAGAUGAGUUCUGACAAAGAAAUUAUUCAGGACAUGAUUUUUAAGGCCUCUCUUCAACUGUGAUGCUUAAGCUGUGCUGUAUUAUAAAUACGCUUUGUUAUUAAUAAGUACAUCCUGCACCAGAAUCAGGUUGUAUUGGGACACUGAAUCUGUGUUACGUUUGUAAAAUGAUUAUAAAUAAAUUUGACCAGAUUGUUAAAA